AUGGAGGAGCCGCCGAUUGAAGUCACGCCAUUAAUGGCCAAGUUGCAGGGUCAUUGUACGACUCAGGACAAGGGUCGUGCAGUGCGGCGCGCGCAUUAUGGCCAUCCAGACACUGUAUACAGCUUGGCGCUCUACUCGCUCGGCACCGUUACGACAUUGCUCUCCCUGACUUUUGAGCACGAUUGGAUUCCCAUUCGCGAUCUCUUGCACAUCAUACAGCUCCAGAAUAUCGAUAUUCUCGAGUUGUCCAUCGACGAUUCGAAUAGCAAAUCCGAAGCGAUGCUCGUCCUGCAUCAAGGCCGGUCAGCGUCGGAGCUGCGCCUAGAGUCUCUUACCACCUGCAAGUGGAUAGCGCCUCUCCUCCUGGAGGAGGGUCUGGACGGCGCUUCGGUUCUCAGGACUGCACCGCGUAUCCAUGCACCUGCGGCAUGA